GAUAUGAAGCUCUCUACUUUGGUCAAAGUGGCCACUUCCAUUUUCAUUGUCGGUGUUUCCAGCAGCCCGAUUCCAGCUGAAGAAGGCGCGGAUAUUGCUGUCGAGGGUUUGAAGAAAGUCCGCGAGGCCGCUCCAACUGAGGAGGACAUAGAUAUUGUCUGGGGUCUGAAGAAGGCCCAUCCUGCCCUCAAUGCCCUGUAAUAAUAUUGUUCAAACUCCAAUCAACAAAUGUGCCAACAACUCGGCAAGCAACUGCAUGGCUUCCGGACAUCGAGGUCCCAUGAUAUUUAUUUACAGAACCAAGGGAACCAGACAGAUCUAUAGGAGAUAUUCAACCAUCAGACCUUCGCAUCGUUGGCGAUUGGCUGUGCCGCCAUAUACCACCAGGAAUGAAGGACUAUCAAAUCCAAUACAGCUUCCAAAGUUUCAGCCGAGAAAUCGGAAUUCUUGAAGAGUUGCAUCACGCAGAGAAGUCUGAUGCACCAAAUUCAUCGGCUGUGCGAAUGCAUUGUGAAGGUGGAACUGAAAUUUUGAAAUCUCCCAAAUAUGAGAGCCUUGAAAUUUCCACUGCAGAUUGCAUCUUCCUCCACAGGAAUACAAAUUGCACCAAAGCCCUGGAUAUUGCAUUAGUGCUUCUUCCAUUCAAAGAAUCGUACGACUAUCAGAACUUCGAGGCACAGCAUGGAUUAGCUUUGAGAACGAAUAGUUCAGUUCCUCACCGUAAUGAAGACGCUUUGUUUCUGUUUCUGACGAUUAACCCUGAAGAUGAGAGCUGGGGGGGGCGGUUAUCUCCAAGAGAAAUGGUGAGGUUUCCUCUCCAAGAAAUAGGAAGAUUUCAGAUCAUAUGAAAAGACCAGAAGUCAAUCACUGGCAAUCAAGUCGAAGCUAUCGCCAAUUAUUUUCGCCGUGUCGUCUACUUUAAAAUGGGAAAUCUAAUUCAUAAACACAAAGACGGAAGACCACCAACUUUCGAAAAAGAGAAAGUCACGAAGAAUCUUUUGAAUAGGGAUACUUUUGACAAGUAUUUAGGGGAGUUCAAGAAAGCCAAGAUUGAAUCGGGAGAUCAUUCAUGGUCUGAUACUAUCAGUCCAUUUGAUGUUUAGGUAUUGGGGGUGGAAGCAGUGAAUUUGAGAAGGGAAAAAUUCGCAAAAAAAAUCUGAAUCAUGUUGUGGGGAUAUCGAGGGAACAUGCAGAGAAUUCUGUGCGAAGUCUUUUACAAAAAAACCUCCAUGAAUUUCUAGAGAUUAUUCCAUUUAGUGAGCACUAGUUAUAAUAAAUUUAGUGAAGA